AUGGCUGACUCUCUUCAGGACAGCCACGAUUCAAAUCGCAGCGAUAGCGAGAAGAUCCGUCACACUAUUGAACUCGAUUCGUCAUUCAAGGCAAGUAGGGUAUGGCUCAAGCUCGACCUGUUUCUACUACCGGUCAUAGCAACAAUCCACUUGUUGUCCUACCUGGACAGAACGAACAUCGGCAAUACGCGUAUUGCUGGCCUUCAACGUGAUCUCCAAAUAACCGACAGGCAGUACAGCAUUGCAUUGACACUUACUUACAUUUCGAAUAUUUCUGCUGAACUAUCCUCCAAUCUUUUACUCCGAGUUAUUGGACCGAACUAUCUCCUUCCCGCUUUAUUGAUCAGUUGGGGUACAGCUACCACCCUCCAAGGAGUAGUUACGAGCUAUGGCGGCCUCCUUGCCUGUCGGUUCAUUCUCGGGCUGUGCGAAGGCGGCGCGUUUCCCGGGGUAGUUUUAUACUUGACGUAUUUCUACCCUCGUGUCAAGAUGACGACCCGCGUAUCGGCUUUCUUUACUUCUGCCUCACUCUCCGGAGCAUUCUCGGGAAUCCUUGCCUAUGGUAUUAUACGCAUGGAUGGCAUAGGUGGACGCGCAGGGUGGCGAUGGAUAUUCAUCCUCGAAGGUGCAUUCACCAUCGCUUUUGGCCUAAUAAGCCACUUUAUUUUGCCUAGAGAUGCUAUGGCUGUGAGGUUUUUGCGUCCGGCUGAACGCGAAUACGUGGCACGUCAGGUUGCUGAGUCUGGAGGGGAGAAGUUUGAGUGGAGAGAAGUGAGGAAGGCAUUAGUCGCACCGCAUGUUUGGAUCAUUAGCAUCUUAUUAUUCUUUGCGGGCGCCAUUCUUUUUGGCUUGGCCUUGCAAGUGUUCCAUUUUCCAUCUCAUCUUUUGGACUGUGUUAACAUCGUUCGUAGCUUUGCACCAUCGAUUGUCCAGAGCUUAGGAUACACUGCUGCUCGCGCCCAGCUCAUGAGUGUGCCACCGUUUGCUGCCGCCUUUGCAUUCUCAAUGACGACCGCGUACCUAUGUGACAAGCUCCCUAUCCGAGACCUUGUUUGUAUUGUCACCUCCAUCAUGUCCUUGAUAGGAUUUAUCAUGUUUCUCACCUCAUCGUCGGCAGACACCCGAUAUGGUAGCCUCUUUUUUGACCAUACCUGCUGUGUACACCGCUACUCCGACAUUGGGGUCCUGGAACUCUACCAACUCGGCGCCACACGUUCGUCGUGCGACAGCAAUCGCUGUCGGGUUUAUGGUGACGAGCGCUGGAGGACUUUUAUCGACGUAGUUGCUGGGGAGCUUGAGCCCUGCGCCCAAGUACGUGCUUGGGACCAAGGUGAUGGUAGCAUUCAGUGCCUGUAUGCUUAUGGGGUCUGUGUUAUGCAUAGGGUAUUUCGUGUGGAUGAAUCGGAGGAAGAGGAAGAUGCUGGGACAAGAGGUUAAAGGGAUGGAUGGAGAUUUGGCUCCGUCAUUUACAUAUCUGUUAUGAUAGUAGAAAUGUAUCGAAUAAGCU